AAUUAGUUAAACAAUCAAAGCAGCUUAAUGAGGCACAAAUAGAUUUUGUACAACAAAAUCAUAUUCAAAAAGUGGAUAUUAAAAUUGUUCAAUUUAAUCAGUUAUUAGCUCUUGAUAUAUAUGAAGAAAUUGGUUCAGAAAAAGAGAGAGAAUGA